GAGUUGGAGACUUUAAACCUCCACUCGAACCGAAUUAGUAAAAUCGAAGGAUUGCACGUCUGUAAGCAGUUACAAUUUCUAAACCUUUCCUCAAAUAACAUUAAAAAGAUAUCGGGUCUUGAAUGUUUAACCUCCCUGAAACAACUCAACCUCUCAAAUAAUGAAAUCGAAUGUAUUGAGAACAUUCAGACGUUACAAAAUUUAAAAACUCUAAAUCUGUCCUACAAUAAAAUUAGUGAAUUAGGCGGAUUAAAGUCUCUUGGGGGUAGGGAAUCAAGAUUAAAAAGUUUAGACUUAUCGGGAAAUAAUUUAACCUCAAUAGGACACAUAGCCAGUAUUUUGGUUUUGUUAAUUAAU